AUAGCCCGGUGCCCGUCGAGUUCAAACGUAUAGUGGGAUUUUUUUUUUUUUAAAUAGGUAACUCUUUUUGUCUUUCACUGCAGGGAUUAUCUGCCCGUGUGAAAUUAGUAGACUGAAACCACUGGAGUCUUAGAACUGAGACAGAAAUGAAGUGUAUGUUCUCUUAAGAUUGGAUUUAAGAUCUUCAUUUGUGGUUUGUAGAAAACAUUUCAAGAUGGAGGAAGUAUUAAACGUUCACUCUGACACUGCCACAAUUUUAAACUUCUUUCAAUACACAGUUCACAAGCAGUAACAGAGAGGUAGUAGAAGUAGAGAUUCAAAUCUUCUGUUAGGAUAUUGCUGUCUAGGAAAGAAUCCAGUUCUAAAUUUGAAAACAAAGGGCGAUUACUCAGAUUCUGAUAUCAACUAUAAAGGUGUCUACAGUACGUCUCCAUUCAAGGCUGCUAUGUAGACACGAAACUGUAAACAUGAAAUUCGGACGUACGAAAUAAAUAUGUGUAGCAGAAAGAAAUAAGGGGUAAAAAAGACAAAUUCAAAACUAUCAUUUUCCUUAACAAAACAUUCUAAGCAUGGGCCGCUACUCUUUCAACAAACGGAGAUUACCGGCCCUGUGAACCACUGUCAGGUGGAGUACGAUUAUAGAAUGAGGCCAGUCGGACCUUGGUCAGUGGUCAUCGGCCUACUUCUGGGCGUGGCCAGGGCUUCAGAUAAAUAUGACUUUGAGGGGGAGCACGAAAAAUGGACAACCAAUGAAGACCAAGACAGAGGUUUUAAGUUGGUCAAGGCAUCGGAAGCGAGAUUCGAACCAGGUCGCCCAUCCAAAGACACGACUCUUAACACGUCUGAAGGACACUACGGAUACGCCUCUUAUGACGGGAGCGAGGAACAUUUUUUUCUGAAACGCUGCCUGGAACCCACCGGCGCCCAGUGCCAGCUCCGAUUCAACGCCAUAAUGGGACACGACGCCAACGUCUUCGUAGGCACCAAACUCAAGUGCAACUGUUCCGAGUCUGUCCAGGAUACAUUCUUCUUUAGUCAGCUGGUCAACGGGUCCAGCGCAGAUGGGUGGGUCAACUAUAACAUCCCCAUUGGCGAACACGUCUUGACGUUUGAAGUGAACUUAUUCGCCAUCAAUCAGAAGGAGGGAAGUUUUGUGGCCAUCGACGACCUGGAGUUGGUGGACUGUGAGACAAAGGCUGUAGACGAAGUGGUCUGUCCAGCGGAUCGUCCGUUUCACUGCUACGGUACCAGCGUGUGUCUUUCUCUUGACCAGAGGUGCGACCUACACCAGGACUGCUUGUGUGGCGAGGAUGAGUUGGAUAAAUUGUGUGACAACGUCCCGCCAGAGGGCGCGAUGAAAGAUCUGGAUGAGUGCGACUUCCCGUCGGGCCGCUGCCUGUGGUAUAACGUCCAAUCAAAGCAAGACAGUGACUUUCUGUGGGAAAAGACCAAGGGCGAUAUCCAAAUGGAGGUCUUCAACAGGUUGCACGUCAUUCAGAGUAAUAAGUCCUUGACAACUAUUGAAACUUGGGACAGCAAAAGUUAUCUCCAAGUACAACUGCGCCGAAAAUGGCGGCUAAGUGAAGCCAUAUUAAGGAGUGUCAGUUUUGAGCCAAAUUACAUAAGUCGACAUUGCCAGAUCGGGUUCUGGUACCUUAUCGAUGAUGAUCUCAAAAGCGCGGUUCUCAAACUGGAACUAAUUCAAUUAAAGAACGGAGUCAAAACUAAACCUGUUCUCUUGUGGAAGAGUCCUGAUAAUCCAUUGGCUGCUUCUGGAAACAUCUUUCAAAAAGUAGUGGUCAGCCUACCUUUAAAGUUGACCAAUAUCAGUUUUAUGCUCCAGUUUAAGACCUACUUCACAAACGCUAAUGACUACGGUCAGGUUGCUCUCUACCAGGUAGCGAUGAGUCCAGAUUGUUUUCAUACAGUGCUGUCUCUAAGUUCAUGUGGUCAAACUGGAAGUACAGGACCAACACAAGACAUGUGUGACCGUGAGUAUGAUCAUGAAGAUCUUGUACGUGUAGUGGAAGAUGGUCACUUCAGUGGAGCUCAAAUGUGGACCGUUCCGGAAUCCAUGUUUUACAGAAUUGAAGCGUUCGGCUCAAGAGGUGGGCGUCUGAAUGAUGACCACGGGCUACAGAGAGAAUCCCUUGGUGCUCGGGUGGAAACAAAGUUUUACUUUGAAAAAGGAGAGGCCAUUUAUUUUGUCAUUGGUCAAGCAGGAGAAGACGAGUGUCCGACUGACAAUAAUGAUGAUGGACUCAUGUUUCCACCUUACUGCACCAUCAGUUCCGAUGCCUCUGACAACUGGCGCAAGGGAGGUCCUGGAGGAGGUGGCGCCACUAUUGUGUUUAAGAUUGUAAAUGACACUAAACCUGUUGCACUUUUAAUAGCUGGAGGAGGAAGUGGUCAGAAAUUUAGAAAUGUGUCAGACACAGUCCUAGAACAAACAGAUAAAGAUUUGCUGAUGUCUGGUUUAGAGACAGAUAUACUGUUGAGCAGAUCUUUGAAUGGUCUGCCUCCUUGCAGUCAGAUGACCAACGGUCACAAGUAUUGGAUGGCUAGUGGAGGCUAUGGACUUGGGGGUGGCUCAUGUGGAGAUAGAGGACUUGGAGGCCCAUUGAUAGCUGGUUUGGCUACAUCUGGCAAAUCCUACAUUCAUCCCUCAUCUUUGUUCAGUGAUAUGCAUUCAGGCUUUCACAAUGGUGAAGGUCUCCUAGAAAUAUUUGUGGACACCUGCUCCUGUCCGUAUCAUUGUAUGUGGCUGGACAAUGAUGAUGUUUACAAACCUACCUGUCUGUGUCCUAGCAACAAGACGUCCCGGCAGCAGUGUAAGGAUGUUUUGGAAACUAGCAGGGAGGGCUUAGAUUUGACCAGUAACUUUGUUCUUAUGAUUCUCAUCAGUGGAUUGGUCAGUGUGGUUUUCAGCCUGUGUUGUGUUGGGCUCUACUUAAGGCGGCAAGCAGUCAAAGCGAGGCACCCAACUAGCAUAAAAAAGAUUGCCUCUUUCUUCUGUCCUUGUGUUCACUUUUACAAUCCUCCGGUCAGCAUCGGAGGGCAUACCUUGCCCCAGAUCCAGCGUCCACCCACAGUCAUGCAUGCCAACCCUAACUAUGACAGAAUCGAUUUGAAUAAUUCUGAGCAAGCACUGAAGGAGAUUCCCAGAAAACACUUGAAACUAAUGAGUGAACUAGGCCAGGGUGCCUUUGGUGAAGUCUAUUAUGGCCUUUUGUCUAACGUGCCCAUGGUAGAUGGCGACCUUCCCGUUGCGGUGAAGACCUUGCCUCAAGUAUGUACUGAACAAAUGGAGAUGGAUUUCUUAAUGGAAGCUGUGAUUGUCAGUAAAUUCAAUCAUCCAAAUAUUGUAAAGUUUAUUGGAGUAUGCUUUAAUGAGAGACCACAUUAUUUGGUACUGGAACUGUUAGAAGGGGGAGACCUCAAAAGUUUUCUGUUACAAGCCAGACCAAAAUGGGAACAACCUUCACAGCUGACAGUCCUUGACCUACUUCGGUUAUCUCUGGAUAUAGCCAGAGGGUGUCAACAUUUAGAGGAAAAACAUUUUAUUCACAGAGAUAUUGCAGCCAGGAACUGUCUACUGUCGACUAAAGGACCUCACAGAAUAGCCAAAAUUGCUGACUUUGGUAUGGCUAGAGAUAUUUACAGGUCGGACUAUUACAAGAAAUCUGGCAAAGCUUUACUUCCAGUAAAAUGGAUGCCUCCUGAAGCCUUUCUUGAUGGUGUGUUUUCCGUCAAGACUGACGUUUGGUCAUUUGGUAUUUUGAUGUGGGAGGUUUUCUCCCUUGGUCACAUGCCCUACCCUGGCUGCUCCAACGAAGAGGUCAUGAACCUGGUUGCCCAAGGUGGUCGUCUUGAAUCACCAGGAGGAUGUCCAUCAGCUGUCUUUGACAUUAUGGUAUCCUGCUGGAAUGUUCUACCAGAAGACAGACCAAAUUUUUCUCUUAUUAUUGCCAGUUUGGAGCGACGGCUUCAGGAUGAUGAUUUGGCCACCAGAGGUCUUCCGGUCUUUUAUGUGGCUCCCAUUGUCAACACACGAAGCCCCAGGCUGCAAGAGCGUCCACCGAGCUCACCUCAUCCCAGGAGCGUCACUUCCAGGGGUGUCAUUCACCCGAGUGAAACCAACAUUGGUCCUCACAUAGCAAGUGAUGGCUACCUCGAACCCCUUUUAUCCUUCAACACCAGAAGUGUUUUUAACGAGGGGCUCUAUCAAACUUCUGAAAACACUCAAGCCAAAAGUGCGCAAAAAAAGACUCCUACUUUGACUCGAGACUCUGGAGGGGGUCGAGCAGAGCAGAACAAAGCAAUGAUAAAAACACGGACUCCGAGAGUAUUCUAUAAGACCGGUUCUAGUUACCAGCCUUUUAGUGACGCUGCCGCUUCAGAAUCUCUCUUGCAGUUUGAGACUGAAGAGCCACCCUUAGAAAAAAAUGGAAUCAGACUCUCAGCGGAACUGAACAAUGAUGUAAGAAAUCCAAUAAUUGGUUGUGAUAAUGAUAGUGACAAAACUGGACAAAGGGAACGUUUUUCAUUGGAUGACUUGAAGAUUCCGAGCGUUGUAGCUCUUCCAGAGAAAAGUCAGAAAAAGAAAUCUUACACUCAUUUCCCAAGACAUUCAUCCAAUAAAUAUUGACAAUUAUGGAUUGUGCUGUGAUUAAUAUAUAUACUCUAAAAUCAUAUCAUUUGUGAGAGACAGUGGUAUGAAGUCUAGAAAUCUUUCCUAACAUGGAAUACCUUCAUUCAUUUGCCAAGCAUUCAGUAUAAUGCAGUGUUGAAUGGUUGAAACAUGGAGUCAAGGUAAACAACAGAGUUGAGCAGGAAGUUUUGCUUCUUCUAAGUUCUUACAGUUUGAAUAGCUUGUUUCAAUUGUUACAAUAAUUAGUUGUCACUAGUUUAUAAAUAACAAAAGACUAAAUUAACAAGCUAGUGUUACCAGCAACUCUUUUAUCCUUCUUCAGAGAGUGCUUUCAAUUAAAUGCUUGAGCAACCCUUAGGAGAUUCUCUUCUAUGUAUAAUAAACAUUUUGUCCAAAUGUAGUUAAGUUCAUUUAUUUACCUUAGCUUAAAAAAAAAAGCCUGUGGAUGGCUGUCAGUCAUGUUUUGUGCUCCCUGGUUUGUCAUCUUGAUAGUUCCAGUUUCGUAGCCUGCCCAUAUAUAAACCUUGUCAUGCAAUAGGUUUAGUUAUUAGUCAGCUAGUUGAUUUAGCAUCACUAUGGGGGAAUGUGUUGGGUUUGAUCCCAAACGACCAAUUUUUUUUUCAAAUGACAAAAUAUGAAUGUCCAGUUGAACCUUAAGUAGGAAUGGAUUAAAAAAAAAUUUUUUAUAUAUCACUUGUCAUCGAAUUAUCUGUCACACUGGUUGUGUGUGAGUGUGAACAUUUUGUGUCCCUUGGAAAGACAAGCAUUUAUAAACCUUGAGUUAAGGUUGUUAUGCAUUAUUGGUUUCUUUGUUGUUCUAAUGCCUGUUAGUGUAAACCUGGGUAAAAAAAAACAACAUUCAUUUUGUAUAUAGACCAGUGAUUUUGUGUUUGUGUAAUUGUUAAAAAAGAUAGCAAGAUGCAGUAUAUUUUUACUUUGUUGAUUCUUUGUUUCUCAUUGAACUGUUUCAUGCAGAAGUGACUUUGAAAUAUGUCCUAUAAUAUUCAAAUGGCUUUUCUAUUGAGCAGUUAGACCAACAGUAGCUCGGAUUCUCAACAAACUGAACAAAUUCUGGGUUUAAUCAAUAAUGAAUCUCUGGUAUAUCUGGUAUAAUAUAUACUGUUACCUCGACCGAAUCAUCACCUCUGAAACUAAUUGACCAAAAUUUUUCAAAUGAUAGGCAAAUUGUAAUUCCAAUUUACUUUUUAUAUAAGCAAGCUAAACAAAAAAAUAUCAGCUUUACCUUUCAGACUUAUUUUACAAUAUCAUAUGCAUUAUUUUGUUUUUUAAAAUAGCAAUCUGUAAAAAGAAAGAGCUUCACAGUAAAAAAAAAUUUACUGGACUGUCAUUUCAAUGUUCCCAGGUUUGAACCCUGCUCGCAACCAUUUACUAGGAUGUAAAUGUAUUUAUAUAUAUUUGUAUCGAAACUGAAGUGCAAUAAUUAGGAGCUCAAAAUUCACAUUAUUUAUUUUAUUAUUUAUCGAGUCUAACAUAUUUCUAUACUUGACUCUGUUGUGAGUGAAUCAAUGAAGUAGGCCAAGCUAAUUUUGUACUAUGUUUGCUGGUACAAAAAAUUUUGAUUCUUUAUUAAAAAACGAAUCAUAUAUUUUGCAGUUUUAUUGGUUAAGUAAAACUUUUAAGAAGACUUUUUCAUGGAAAAAUACCACAUAGUAACAUUCAUUAUAUAUAGUAGCUAAGAAUAUCAUUUACAGAGCAGCAUGCUUUUUUUUUUAUUUCUCAAAGUAAAAGUAAAGUUCCCCUUUCAGACCUUGUGGUCAAUAGAGCAAAUGAUGUAAAGGUCAUCUGUUUCUGUGGCCUAUGAUUUAUGAGGGUGUCACCUCUAGGCAGGAGAUCAGCUUUCUUGACUGAUCUCCCCACCCAGCUCUAAGGGCUGUAAAUCUACAAGAAUCAAUAAAAUAUGAUGUUGAAAUCUUCUGACAUUGAACUAUAUUAUAAUUUUUAUGCCUGAUUUACUUUAUUUAGAAACAAAUAUUUCCAAGCAAAUAAUAUCAAGAUAUUCAGACAGGCCCACCCCCCACAUGUUAAAUGCUUGACUGUCUAGACAUGUAAAUAUGUAUAGAAUCCAUUACUCUACAAUGUACCCCUAAUCACAUAUUUUCCAGGAUGUUUUUGUUUACAAAGCUGUGAUCAUACAAUUUGUUAUUCAAAUCUUGCCACUAUCAAGUAGUUUUAAUUUCAUACAUUUUUUUUUUCUUUUGAUGAAUAAAAGCAAUGUUUUGUUCUUAAGUG